CGUGAUAAUUUUCUAGAUCAGUAUUGUGAAACAGUGAAAGUGAAUUGGAGUGACGAAUUAAUUGCACAAACAACCACGCUUUAUCCAUUGUUACUCUAAGCCCAGUUAAAAGCCUCUCUUCAAGGUAAGAUAAAUUUGUGUGAAGCAGAGGGGAAAGGGGCACGUGUUCCGUCGGCAUCGGCAGUAUCAGAUUUAUUUGUGUAAAAAAGCGAAUUUUCUUGAAAACAUCGCGUCCCUCAAAGUGUAAUAGGUGAAAUACAAGAUCCGCCGCCACCAGACACUUGCGGAGAUUACUUGAGUUUUGUGAAGGAAGGUCUCUCCCUUUGUUACAAAGAAGCAGUAAAUUUUUGGUUCUUAAAAUGAAGGAAGAAGAAAUAAAUAGAUGUCAGAUUCAGGAAUGGUAUCCAAAAUUCGAAUCUGUAUCAAUAAAAACCCAGAUUCAUGAGCUCCCGGAGUCCUUUAUUCAGUACCUUCUCGACGAUUCUGGUCCCUUCCUUCUGCCUCUUUCCAUUUCAAAUGAUGAUGCCCUCCCAAAAAGAGUUAAUAAGCCCGAAGAGGAAGAAGAUUUUGUGGCGUCUGAAGGUUCUGGAGAUGAAGCUGAAGAACCAUCACCACCCCCUUCUUUCCCAGAACUGGAAAUGAGGAUUAAAGAAUCCAUUGAAUUCCUUGGGGGUGCUGCAUUUCCCAAGCUUAACUGGAGUGCACCUAAAGACUCUGCAUGGAUAAGUUCAACUGGAAACCUCAAAUGCACCAAUUUCUCUGAGAUUUCUCUUUUGCUGAAAUCUUCCGACUCUCUGGUCCAUGAUCUUUCUCAUGCAUAUGAUUUGUGUUGUGACAAGACUGCAUCAAGGCCACUGAGUUUUUACCUCGCACUUCGCAAGUGGUACCCUUCCCUGCAGCCUCAUAUGGAAUUUCGUUGCUUUGUAUGCAAUCGGAAUCUUGUUGGAAUCUCCCAACGUGAGGUCACUAAUUUUUAUCCUGUUCUUCUUGAGAAAGACAAUUUGAAAAUGACAAUCAGAGGAUUUUUUGUGGAGAAGGUGAUGGAAAAUUUUGAGUCUGAAAGUUACACGUUUGAUGUUUAUGUCACAAGAGAUGGACGAGUUAAACUUUUGGAUUUUAACCCUUGGGGUGGGUUUACCUUGCCAUUGUUGUUUACUUGGGAGGAAUUGGAGGAUAAGUUAAAGGAUGAAGACCAUGAAUUGGAGUUUAGAAUUGUAGAGAACAGCUGUGGUAUUCGUCCAGGUUUAAAGACUGCAGUUCCUUACGAUUAUCUAGAUACAAGCCCAGGCAGCGGUUGGGAUCAGUUCCUAAGGAAUGCCAAUGAGGAAUCAAGGCGGCAGCCAAAAUCUGCUGAAGCAGGUGCAUGAGUGUUUGCUUGCGGAUGAGCUCGAGGAGUUGUCACAUGCUGUCUCAUUCUCGAAGUAUGGCACAAGAUACUGUAAAAAAUACGAGGCAGGAGUGUGUUGAAGAAUGAAUUGACCUAUCUCUUUUCGCUGAAGCAUUUUUGGCCGAUCAAAUCAUGUAGAGCAUCACUUAAACAUGUGUUUAGGGGUUGACUCAAACGUAUGGUACUUGGAAGGAUUUCUGAGCAUGAUCCUUGGGUGAUGAAGGGGUUUGAUUGCACCUUGGUAGCCUUUGCGAUUAGUGAUUGCAUUUCUUACGUAUUUAGGCUUAGACAAGAUUAUUGCUGAACCUUUCUGCU